ACCCGCUACCGCCGCAGUGUUUCCGCUUUUACGCGCGUGUUUCCCUUUUGUUUUCUUUUGCGAAACGCGUUUCUUACGAAUUUUUUUCUGUCUUCGUUUGAGGGGGAAAAAAAUAGAUAAAACAUAUAAACAUGAGCAAAGCACAUCCUCCAGAGUUAAAGAAGUUUAUGGAUAAGAAACUGUCGCUGAAGCUGAAUGGUGGUCGCCAUGUCCAAGGCAUCUUGCGAGGAUUUGAUCCAUUUAUGAAUCUGGUGGUGGAUGACUGUGUUGAAAUGUCCACUGGUGGACAGAUGAACUCUAUUGGCAUGGUGGUCAUAAGAGGAAACAGUAUUAUCAUGCUGGAGGCUCUUGAGAGAGUAUGAUGAUGACCUUUCUUUCGUCUUUACCCCUUCUCAUCUGAGAGUUUGUUUUGUGAAUAAAGAACUAGGUGGAUGCCAAACUCUGCAAUGAAUGAAUGAGUUACUUUUUUCCAUGUUUACAAAUGUGUGUGCUAUUCAAAUCAAUAAAUUUUGGAUAAUCUGUUA